AUGAGUAUCAUCAGUUUCGGGCUAAUCCCUGAUGGUCGACAUCCAAGAAAGAUCAUUAAUGUUAUCAGUAACAACAACCGAAUUUCCCUAGCAAUUAAAGCCCAAUUUGACAGGCUUAAUUCUUUCACCAAAUCGUUCUUAGCAACUCAAUAUGAGCAGCAACAACAACUGCAAGACAAUUCAGCAGAAGUACCACACCAAAGCGAGCAAUUGCAAGCAAUUUUCAGGGAUUUGUAUAUGCUCAUCGAUUGCGACAACUUCAAGCUUGAUCGGGUCUCGAAUAUAAGUUUGCAAAAAUUGCAGUCAUUUGUCAACAGACUUCAAGGUGUCGAGAUCAACACACAUAUGGAUCAAACAAUACACGACUUAAUUGAGCAGUAUAUCAAUCUCAUUCUCGGUCUCAAUUUGUCCAACACAUUGAUAUACAAAACGCUUGUUUUGAAAAACCAGCAGGUGUAUUGGGAGACCAUAUACAAUUCGGUGUUCAACAAAAUAGUCUACUUUGUUCAAACUUUACCAAUAAAAACAUAUUACUUUGUAAUUGACACGGUAGAGAAGACCAAUCGGAUAAUUGCGCAAAACUUCCACCAAUCGCAAACUGUUGACUUAGAACAUCGUCAUUGGACAUACCAAUAUUGGCUGAAGUUUCAGAGUUAUUUGUUUGCAUUGGGGAAAUCGAUUUUGGAAGCAGUUGAUUUACUCUUUGUUCAGGAAAAUCCAGUGGUCACAUUAUUACAAAAGUCUGAUAUGUCCAUUUUGUCAUGCAUAAAAUGGUAUGCAUCAUCAAUUGUAAAGUCUCCUGUGGCUAUAACCAAUAAGGAAAUAAAGUUGAAGUUAAAGUCAAUCAAGAGGGAGAUCCAAUCAAACACGCAACAUAUUGACUUAUUCGUCAAAUCAGACGCGAAAAACCUUCUACCUACAAUGAAGGAGGUUUUAGACUUGGAGGAUAAAAGUGACGACAAUAAACGAGUGAUUGAUGGUGUCAUAGCAUUUGGCAAUAAGAACUAUAAUUCGACUUCGUCGCCAUCUUUCCUUACCCGGUACUGGCUCAUCAUAUCACUAGUUCUAUUCUACGCACCAUCGCAAUCGAGAAAUAUGUACCGCAAUCGUCACGAAAUCAUCCACUGGAUCCAAUAUAAUGGGGUUGAGCCUAUAAAGGGCUUCUUUGUCAACUGGGUUAUCAAACCUGUUAAUGACAUGCUUAGUAUCUUACGAAGUGAUGAUGAAAUCACAUUGACCUCAAGAGACUCGUUGAAAUCAGAUGUAAAUUCUUUAGAGAAGAUGGUGUAUGAAUUUGCUCAAGAUAACCACAUUGAAACGACCCCGGCCGUUGUCGAACAAGAUAUCAAAAAUGGUGACUUGAAGUUGGUUAUGUCAAGGUAUGAGAAUCAAAUCAGACAGCCUAUUAAAUACCUCAUUUCGGGUUCAUUAUUGAGAUUAAUCUUGAUUCAGGUCCAAAAAGGUAAAGUCGAUGGAGCAGUGGCAUUAAGCGGUAUAGACAAGCUAUUAAAAAGUCAGCAGUUGGUUUUUGGGAUAGUUUCAAUGAGCCCAUCGUUGAUUAUUUUGUACCAACUUUACAACUACUUUACUCUGGCCAAACCGUUGCUUGUCAAUGGGAAGCAGUUGAGUAUAGUUUGCCUUAAAUGCUUGAGUAACGUUGAAAAUUUGCUUAUUUCGUUACUGAGCAAGAGCGACAAGACAUUCACGAAUGAUGCCAGCACCGAUGAAGGGGAGUUGUUGAUUGAAAUCAUCAAUUUGAUCUUGUGCUCCGAGCCUCUCAUUCCAAAGGAAUUACACGAAGAUUGGAUUAAAGACUUGAACGAGUUGAACAAUAGCGAGUUCGACGUUGAAACGAAAUUAAGAUUGGUUCAACGAGUUUGGAAUAUGUACGGCAAUUACUUCAAGUAA